UCCUACUUACAGGAAGUGUUGAGUUCAGUUUGGAUACCUGUCUGUUCCAGGAUCUGUGCUUGUUGGUGUGUUCAAUAAAUGAAUCAUAACAUAUCGCUGGUCCAGAAAGUGGAUGCUGCAUCCUCUUCAUCCUAAUCUCUACCUUGCCAUCAGCCUCAACUCCUUGUGUGUGUGUGUGUGUGUGUGUGUGUGUGUGUAAGCUGACUGGGAGUGUAUAUGCCUGUGACUGUUGAGUGUGCGCAUGUGUGUGUGUGUGUGUGUGUGUGGAAGUUCACGCUAGGCCUAUGUGAGUGUGUCGCUGUAAGGUGGUGUAUGUGAGUGUGUGUCAUCCUCCCCCAGCCCAUCAUGUCCCGUUAUCCCUCGACUCUGCAGCUGAGUCCAUCGGUGUGCCUUCACCUCCUCUGCCUGCUGCUGCUCCUCACUGACUCCUCUGCAGUGUCCAGAAAGAAUGGAGUCUCAGCACAAGGUGACAAUGUCGGUAAAAAUGAAACCACUAACGGUUCCUCAGAGACCAAUUCCAGACCAGAUAUGGCAACUGUACCACCACCGAAGAGCCUGUCCCCUAAUUCAGACCUUAACAGCAGGAGUAAAAAUUCCAGCCAGUCUUCCUCCAGUGACCCUGUAGCAUCCUCAAUCCCAAGCAGCCAACCUGCAGGAGGAAAGCAGCUCCUCACAGGCACACAUAGCAAUCAGCCAGUAGUACCACACCCUCAGCUUCCAUCUAACAAGACUCAGUCUGGAGCCCCUCUGCCCCAUGCCACCAAAGUCCCAACCCAUGCAUCACCCACACAUGCUGCUAGUACUGGAUCCAGCACCAGUACUGGUAAUACUACAUCCACAACUACAGUGACUACUACUCUACUUACUUCUCCAACCACAACCCCACCACCACCAGCAACAACAACCCCACCACCACCACCACCACCAACAACAACAACCCCAUCAUCACCAACAUCGUUGCCAUCAUCAACGUCAUCAUCAUCAUCAUCAUCAGCUCCCACACCACAGCCACAUGCCCCAAGCACUGGGAUACCACCAGUACGGCCUGCUACCAUAACUGUUGCUGCCACCAGUACCAGCACUCCUGACACAAACCUCAACAAGCCGGUUGUAGAAGUAGCCGGGGCUGCUCUGACCAGGCAGCUGGUGGAUACCGCAUCUUUACUGGCAGUCCUGCUCUUCGGCCUGCUCUUCUUCCUGGUCACAGUCGCUGUGUUUGCCACACAGGCCUAUGAGAGCUACAGGAGGAAGGACUACACUCAGGUGGACUACCUGAUCAACGGCAUGUACACAGACUCAGGGGUCUGA